AUGUCAGACUUAGCCUUCAGCAGCCAGAAGGCCGAAAAGACCUCGUACGGCACCAGAAAGCCUGGACCGGCUUACUUUCCCCAGAAAGGCUCCAAGAUUUAUGCAGACAAGGACCUUUAUACCAAAAUCGCCAAUGCUCCAAAGACUAAAGUUGAGUCUCACUUGUGUCAGCCACGGAGUGGUAUUGCCGUCAAGGUGCCAGCCAAGUCGAUUAUUCGGUUGACCACCCCCGAGGGUCCUCAGGUGUGUGACUUGAACAUCUGGAACUACCACAACCCUAGAGAGAGAUUUUGGGCUGCCAGAACCCGCCAAUUGCACUCAGCACAUGUGUCUACCCACGACAGAUUGUGGUCCAUUUUGCCUUUUUUACGUCCUUUGGUCACCAUCACCGCAGACACCUUGGGUGGCAGACACACUGAGUGGGGAGGAAGAAUCCACGACACUUUGGGUACCAGAUGUGAUCCUUACGUAGAUAAGCUUAUUUCGGGAGAGGACAACGAUUUCCAUUGCCACUCUAACCUCGUUCGUGCUGUUUUACCUUAUGGAUUGACGGAAUUUGAUGUGCAUGAUGUGUUGAAUGUUUUCCAAGUCACUGGUCUCAACGAGCAGGACCAAUACUUUAUGGAGGCAUCCCCAGCAUCAAAGGAAGACUACUUUGAGAUGUUUGCCGAACAGGACUUGUUGAUUGCCAUUUCUGCAUGUCCUGGAGGUGACUUGUCCAACUGGGACUGGGGUGAAAAGGAAGGAGAUGAUAAGAUGAUGGACAACUGUAGACCAUUGGGCAUCGAGAUUUAUAAAUUGGACGACGAGAGUGUUUUGGAGGGCUGGACUGCUCCGGAGUAUGCUCCAUAUAAGGGCAGACACGGCUUGAAGGAUCCUGAGCCUGAGUUGUAG